GGGGCAAGCCCACAACCAUGUGAUGCACAGACAGGUGACAAUUAAUUGACAUUCCCUCUCGUCAUAUUUGACAGACAGGUAAGCAACCACUAUUGACAAGGGCGUGGGUAGAUUCCGUCCGCGGGAAGAUAUUUUUAUUUAAUCCAAACAAACUUCCGUAUAUAGGCUACAUUUAUUAACCUUAUUCAAAUCGGAGAAGUGAUUUAAAAAAAAAACAUCGAUUGCAUUGGAGUCUUCUACACUGGACUGGCUACAAGAGAGCGACGUCGCGGGGAUUGAAGUGGCGUCUGCGGGCAUGGGUUUGGUGUCUGCUGUUGAGCACUGAAUAUGGCGGAGCAAAGGCAAGAUAUGUACAUAGAAGGCGAGCUCACGGGAGAUCAUUACAUGGAGGACCCGGAGCUUGAAGCAAUCAAGGCACGGGUGCAAGAGAUGGAGGAGGAGGAGCGGCUGAGAGCAGUGCAGUAUGAGGCAACAGAGAGACAGAUCCAGGCAGGAAUGUUCUAUACAAUGACCCAUGAGGAAAGGAUAGAUGCUGACAACAGAUCUGUCUAUGUGGGAAAUGUGGAGUAUGGUGCCACUGCAGAUGAGUUGGAGAUCCAUUUCAAUGGCUGUGGUCCUGUCAACAGAGUAACCAUCCUUUGUGACAAAUUCUCUGGCCAUCCCAAGGGUUUUGCAUAUAUUGAGUUCCAUGACAGGGACUCAGUGCAGACUGCCAUGAGCCUGGAUGAGACGGUAUUCAGAGACAGAGUCAUAAAGGUAUUGCCUAAAAGGACCAACAUGCCAGGAAUCAGCACCACAGACAGGGGGAUUCACAGAGGUGCUCGAUCCAGGGGGCGAGGUUUCCACCCACCCAGAUACAAUGGGUAUCAACAAGGCAGGUUCCGCUACAAUACUGGCCCUGCCAGGUCAGUCUCACCACACCCCUACGGGCCCCCAGCUGGGAAGAGACACUGGGGGGUUCCUGAGCACCGUGAGCAGGGCCCUAAACGGCACCCAUGCCUUCUUCUCAUAACCCCACCCACUGACCACUCUGGGCCGGGGCACAGUGGACACAUGCACCCGCAGCAACACUACUGAAUCACGUCUGGAUUCAAGUUAUUGUUUGAUAUCAACAUGGAAUGAGAAUUUCAGGAAAUCGUGUCUUGCUCGUCUCUACUCGACUCAUUUGCAAAUUAUUUUCAAUGCAUGUUAAUGGGCAGAAAUCGAGAGAAAAGCAGAUUUCAACCUCAUUGAAUUAAUUCAUAUGGCAACUUUUGUUAACUGUCUCUAUAAAAAGUUAUUGCAACUUAAUCCUAACAAGAAAGACUUUGCAAUGGCCAUUUUGUCCUCUUAUUGUAGGGGAAAUGGAUGAGGCCAGCCUUGGUUUGCUGCUUAAUACGGUUAAAGAUUGUGCCUAUGGUGUUGUUUUAUUUCUUGAGCAGUUUCUGUGCCAUUAUUUACCCCAAUAACUUUUUGAAUGCACAGCCAUUUGCCAUGUCAGAAACUUUUUUUUUUUAAGGAUGUUUUGAUCAGAUCACUCAUUCUGUUGGUGUGGCUAUCGAGCUUGUAAGUAUAGUUGUUGUAAAACACCAAACACAAAUGAUAACAUUUGGGGUGUGAUUGGCUUUCUUUUGUAACUAUAUUGACAUGCAAUUGGCAGUUUGAGCGACUGAGUGGUUGCUAUGUACUUGAAGCAAUGUUUAUCGCUGUAUAUAAUUUGUCAACCAUCUUUUGCUUUAGAAAUGAAUAAAUGAAUUACACUUGAGUGCUUAUUUGAAA